AUGUUAUUCAAAAUCAUAUUAAUUUUAUUAUAUAUACAAACUACAGUGCAAGGUAAAGAUGUAAAAACAAUCUAUGAUAGCCUAAUGGAUCAUGUCCCAGAUUAUUCUCGAUUUUUUACUGUGGAUGAACUCUUGAAUCAUUCACGUACUGCUGCAUUUAAUCAUUCAGAUCUUGUACAUUAUCAAAAUAUUGGUACUUCUCGAAAUGGUGAAGCUAUUUCAAUGUUAUCAAUAGGUAAUGGAACUAAAUCUUUAUUACUCUAUGCAUGUCCACAUCCAAAUGAACCAAUUGGAUCUCUUUUAAUCGAUUAUUUACUCAGUGUUUUAUUUGAUUAUUCUGAAUUACUCGUGACGUAUACUUGGCAUUUAAUACCAUGUAUUGAUCCAGAUGGAACACGUCUUAAUGAAGGUUGGUUUUCUGGUCCAUUUACAAUACGUAAUUAUGCACGAUAUUUUUAUCGACCACGUACAGAAGAACAAGUUGAAUGGACUUUUCCAGUUACAUACAAAAAUUAUAGUUGGACAACACCUUCGAAUGAAACACAAGCAUUAAUGUAUGCUAUACGAUUAGUUCAACCAGAUUUUCUUUAUGGUUUACAUAAUUCGGGCUUUGGCGGCAUGUAUUAUUAUAUUAGUCAACCUCUUGUUGAUAUUUUUCCUGAAUUAGAACAAUUACCAUCUAUACUUGGUUUAUAUUUAGCUAAAGGCGAAGCUGAAGCUCCUUGGGUAACACAAUAUGCACCAGCAAUCUUUAGUCCAUUAAGUUUAGUCGGUGCAUAUGAUUAUUAUGAAAAAUAUACUACUACUGAUCCAGUAACAAUGAUGUAUGGUGGUGGAACUAGUUAUGAUUAUCUUAACGAAAUUAAUUUGAAUAAGACAAUAUUUCUCAUGGCAGAAUUACCUUAUUUUCAAUCGCCAAGUGUAACAAACGAUACGAUCAUUCCAAAUGUUACAAGACGUGAUGUACUUCUUCAAGGACUCGAUAAAGAUGAUGAAAGUAAUACUAUUCUAAUGUAUCUACUUCAAGAAAUCAAACCUGCAAUGACACUAGAUUCAUCAUUCUAUCGUGCAUCUCGUUCAUUAUUAGAAUUGUAUAAUUCAACUGCUGCUAGUCGUCGUCAAGCUGUUCUUAAUGAUAAUUCUACUCUUCAACCAGCUACUAUUGCUAGUCGAGCUGAUGCAUUAUAUAUUUCAGUAUUUUAUAAAAUGUUAAUUGCUAGUAUGUUAGAUCGUGCAAUUAUAUUACAAAUUCAACAACCAUCUGCAGAUAUAAAACUACUUGAAAAUGCUCAGAUUGAACUUGAAAGUCAUCUUGAUAUUUGGAUCAAUGAUAUUGAACAAAAUUUAUUCUAUACACCUAUUCGUAUUCGUAAUCUUGUACAAGCUCAAUUAGGAACAAUGUUAACAAUAUUACCUAAAGUUGCCACCUCUUCUGCUUCUAGCAGAAAAAUUUUGCUUUUUGAAGUAAAUGACAACCGGAACUGUAUGAUAACAGAAUUAUAG